AAUAAACUUAAAUAAACCUCCCUUUUUAUCUGAAUCUAUUCUCUCUUACUCACAUUUCACAAUCAAAAUCUCUCUCAGAGAGAAAACCCCAAAAACAACGCACAUUCCAGUCAGCACUCAUGGAAGACCAAGCCCAGGUAACGAAAAUGGAGGCGUUGAAGAAAGCUUACGCGGAGAUCAUUUUGAACACGGCGAAAGAGGCGGCGGCGCGUGUAAUGCAGUCGGAGAGGAAAGCGCUUCGCUUUCAGCACGAUCUUCGUGCCACCAAAGACGAGGCGCUUCGAAUGCUGACUCGGUUUAAGCAACUCAUCGAUUCCAAGACGGCUGAAGCGGAGAUGACAUCAUUAAAUCAGCAAAGAAAGAUUGAUGAGCUUGAAGCGCAGCUCAAUGAGGCAGAGGAUGUUAUAGCAGAUCUUAGGACAGAGGUGAAACAUGUAUGGGAUAAGUUGGAGAAGGUGAAAAGAAGCCAAGCUAAAGCUUUAAAUGGACGGAUCAGGAAAGAAGAUGCAUCUUCUCGUGAAAUUACUGCAGCUCAGCUGAUGAUCCCUCCUCCACCUUCAAGUUCAGCAUCAGAAACUGUGACAACUUCUGACUUGAAGAAUGCACCAUUAGAUCAGAAAAGCAAGGAACCUGAGCCAUACAUAAAUGGAUUUACACAGAGAAUUCAUGCAUGUGAAAGAAACUUAACAGAUGGAAUAGUGCCUACUUCUGGAGAUGUAGGUGAUCAACAUUCCCCCAAAAAGAAUGAGUUGACCACUAAAAUGAUUCAUAAGGAAGAAGGAAAAUGUCCCGUGCCCUCAACUAGGACCAUUAUCAUGAAAAUAAUGAAGAACUCAACUAGGGAAGAAGUAAAGAAGCCUGUUAAGGUCCGCACAUCACGAAGAAGAAGGAACCGAUUUGGAAAAGUCAAAGCUAACUUACGGAAGUCUCGUCCUGGUCAUCUAAUGAAACCUUGUCAGCAAUCUUCUAUUCUUUCCAGUGGUAAACCGCACUCCAUCAACGGGCUUGUUAAAUCUGCUGAGGGUGCCUGUACUAUACCAUCUAUUAAGGCAGACAAAGAGGAAUUUAAGACUGUUAACAAAGGGGAAGGGAAAAAUGAGAUGAAAAGUGGGGAUGCCAUUGACACAAUUAAGUCUCUUCCUGAUCAGCUUAGCAAACCUUGUCAGUCAUUCUCUGUACUCUCCUGUUGCAGAACUUUUUCACAUUCAGUCAAUGGAAAUGUCAAAUCUGGUGAAGAUAGGCUGAAAAUAAAUGAAAUUGAAUCCAAAGUUAAGCCUUUGACUCGUCUGGAUCCAGGACUGACAUUAAUUAAACGUGACAUAAAUCCUAGAUUAGGUUCUACUAAUCUUACUGUGAGCAUGAAGGCAUCUAAAAAAUCUGGACUUAUCCAGAAUGCGGUAGAGGACACAAAGAUGGAUGAUUCUGAGUUGGGCAAACACAAAGGUGACACUGCCGAUAAUUUGAUGCAUCCAAGUCCGGAGUUGAAUGUUGGGAUGGUCAAAAUACGACUGAUGAAUUCUGAUUUGAAAGAUGCUGAAGCAUCUGAUGAUAUAAAGGAUUCUUCUUGUCAAUCAGACAACAAUAGGCUUCUCAAAUACACCUUUCAGAGGAAGCGCAAGAAGGAAUCCUUGGGCAACCUCGAUGAAAGUGUUCCUCUUGAAAAGAGAAGGGCAGGAGAGAAUCAAAGUGGUGCACCAGAGCUACAAGGUUCUAGUUUAAAUAAUGAAUCAUCUAGGGAUGGUCGGCGACUAGCUCAAGUUGCUCGUCAGCUUGUUUCUUUGUCUGGGAAGAGGUGGUGGUAGUAAAGUUGGCUGUUUCUUACAUUCAACAGGGAGAAAUUUGGAUAUGACAUACAAGCAAAACUAACCUUAGCAUGUUUUUUUUCCUCAAGAAAGUGCUUUUCUGAAGAAAUCUGACGUCGACAGGCUGCAUAUAUUAGAGAGAGAGUGCGAGAGAGAUAGUAAUAAUCUGCUGUUAAAUGGCCAUUAACUUCUAAUCAUUGUUGCCUUUUGAAUUUUGUUCUAUAGAAGUUUCUGUUGUCCAGCCUAAUUUCUUUACAUUCCUAUGAAAUCCUCCUACUAAAUGUAGAUGUUACUUAUCAGUAAUGUCUGUACUGAUUUUUGGGCAAGGUCUAAUGACAUUUGCAUCGUUUAUAGUUUUUUUAGAACUCACCAUUAAAUGCUGAAUAAUAAGGCUAUGUAUAUAAGUUGAGGCAUCGAUGGUUA